AUGGUUCGCUUCACUGCUGCUGCCGUCCUCACCUUUGCCUUGUCUACAAUGGCGCUUUCGGGGGACGGCCAUCCCGUCAAUGCUGCCGUGAUGAGCACGCGGGACGAGGCACAGCCACCCCAAGGAGAGAACCCAGAAGAUUUCAAGAAGUGGUUGUUGACAGUAGCGGAAGCUGCCGACGAGCUGCGAAAAAUGGCAGAAGAGGUAGCCAAGAACCAGGGCGAGAAAGCUGUCUAA